CCCUGCCCUGCCUGGCACCGCAGCUGCGAGCGCGGGGCGGGCACGGCGCUGGCAGCGCUCUGCCGUCAGGGGCCGCGCGAUGUGGCUGAAGCCCGAGGAGGUGCUGCUGAAAAAUGCCCUCAAGCUGUGGGUGCAGGAGCGCUCCAACCAGUACUUCGUGCUGCAGAGGCGGCGGGGCUAUGGCGAGGAGGGCGGAGGCGGGCUGGCAGGUCUCCUGGUGGGAACACUGGAUGCAGUGCUGGACUCGACGUCGAAGGUCGCCCCGUUCCGCAUCCUGCACCAGACCCCGGACUCGCAGGUGUACUGGUCCAUUGCCUGUGGAUCCAGCAGAGAAGAAAUAACAGAACACUGGGAGUGGUUAGAACACAAUGUUAUGAAGACUUUAUCAGUAUUUGAUUCAAAUGAAGACAUUACAAGCUUUGUCCAGGGAAAGAUAAGAGGUUUGAUUGCUGAAGAGGGAAAAGAUUCUUUUGUAAAAGAAGACGAUCCUGAGAAGUUUCGUGAAGGUCUUAUGAAGUUUGAGAAGUGUUUUGGAUUACCAGAGCAGGAGAAGUUGAUUACCUACUACUCAUGCAGUUAUUGGAAAGGCAGAGUGCCCUGUCAAGGGUGGCUCUAUCUCAGUACCAACUUCCUCAGCUUUUACUCCUUUUUGCUUGGAGCAGAAGUAAAACUUAUCAUCUCCUGGGAUGAAAUAUCAAAACUCGAGAAAACUUCCAAUGUGAUCCUAACAGAGAGCAUUCAUGUGUGCUCCCAUGGGGAAGAUCAUUAUUUUUCCAUGUUUUUGCACAUUAGUGAAACAUUCCUUCUCAUGGAGCAGCUGGCAAACUAUGCAGUUAGGAGGCUUUUUGACAAGGAGACAUUUGAGAAUGAUCCAGUCCUUCAUGAUCCUCUGCAGAUCACCAAGAGAGGCCUGGAGAGCCAUGCCCACAGUGAGCAGUUUAGUGCAUUCUUCAGACUGCCUAAAGAAGAGUCCUUGAAGGAAGUUCAUGAGUGCUUCUUGUGGGUUCCUUUCAGUCAUUAUAACACCCAUGGGAAAAUGUGCAUUUCAGAAAACUACAUCUGCUUUGCUAGCCAGGAUGGCAGCCUGUGCAGUGUCAUCAUUCCACUGAGAGAGGUCACAGGGGUGGAUAAAGCAGAUGCAGCCAGCAGAGGAGUCAGCAUUAGUACCAAGGGGAAAACAGCUUUUCGUUUCACAGAGGUGAGGGAUUUUGAACUGCUCGUGGCAAAGCUCAGAAUGAAAUGCAAAGCAACUGCGAGUCCACAACACAUCGUGAGCACUGAGGUUGCAGCUGGUUCUGCUGCUGAUACUCCAAAGGAUUUUGGUGCAGGACAGUCAAAGAUGGGCCAGAGAGAUAACAGCAAAACUGUCAGUACAGAAGCACUGAUGACUGUCUACCAUCCUCAGGAUGCUGAGAACCUUGACUCUAAAAUGCUGAAGGAAAAAAUGAAGGAGCAGUCGUGGAACAUCCUGUUUGCAGAGCGGGGCCACGGGGUCAGCAUGUUUCGAACAAAGAAGACUCGAGACCUCGUCGUAAGAGGCAUCCCAGAGGCAUUAAGAGGAGAGCUCUGGCUGCUCUUCUCAGGUGCUGUAAAUGAUAUGGCAUCCAACCCUGGUUAUUACACUGAGCUGGUGGAGAAGUCCUUAGGAACCUGCACUUUGGCCACUGACGAGAUUGAACGAGAUUUACGUCGCUCCUUGCCUGAGCAUCCUGCUUUUCAAAGCGAUACAGGGAUUUCUGCCCUCAGGAGAGUUCUCACAGCUUAUGCAUUCAGGAAUCCACAAAUUGGAUAUUGUCAGGCAAUGAAUAUUCUGACAUCAGUGCUUCUGCUGUAUGCUAAAGAGGAGGAAGCAUUCUGGCUUUUGGUUGCUGUGUGUGAAAGGAUGCUCCCUGAUUAUUUCAAUCGCCGCAUCAUUGGUGCCUUGGUAGAUCAGGCAGUGUUUGAGGAGCUCAUCAGGGUUCACCUGCCUCAGUUGACAGACCACAUGACGGACAUGACUUUUUUCUCCUCGGUCUCUCUCUCCUGGUUCCUUACCCUUUUUAUCAGUGUGCUGCCAAUUGAAAGUGCAGUCAAUGUGGUGGACUGUUUCUUCUAUGAUGGAAUAAAGGCAAUCUUGCAGCUGGGCCUUGCAGUGCUGGAAUACAACAUGGAGAAGUUGCUCACUUGUAAGGAUGAUGCAGAAGCAGUCACUGUUCUCAACAGAUUUUUUGACAGUGUCACUAACAAAGACAGUCCUUUACCUCCAGCUGUGCAGCAGGGCUCCAGCCUCAGCGACACAAAGAGCGACCACCCCAAAGUGGACAUCACUGAUCUCAUCCGAGACUCAAAUGAAAGGUACGGUGAUAUUCGCUAUGAGGAUGUGGAGAGCCUGCGCUGCAGGAACAGGCUUUUUGUCAUCCAGACCUUGGAAGCCACAACCAAGCAGAACGUGCUACGUGUUGUGUCUCAGGAAGUAAAAUUCAGCCCUAGUGAUCUUGAAGAGCUUUAUGAAUUAUUCAAGAGGGAGCAUUUCCUCUCCUGUUACUGGAGUGUGGGCAGUCCUGUCCUGCAGCACCACGACGCCAGCCUGCCCUACCUCGAGCAGUACCGCAUCGACUGCCAGCAGUUCAGGGUGCUGUGCCACCUCCUCAGCCCCUGGGCACACUGUGCCAACAGAGACUCCCUGGCCCUGUGGGCAUUCCGACUGAUGGAUGAGAGCUCCAACUGCCUUAUAAACUUCAAACAAUUUGCCUGUGUUCUUGAUACAAUGUACAAUGGAAGCUUCACUGACAAACUCAAGCUUCUUUUUAAGUUGCACAUCCCUCCAGCUUUUACUGAAGUGGAAUCUCUAAGCCCUUCCAAAGGGGAUGAUCUUUCAAAAGAAGAACUGAUCCACUUCAGCCAACUCAGCGUUUCAUCUGUUGGGGAUAAUCUUGAGAGUGAUUCCUUGAAGAGCAGCCCAGAAAAAGGGAAGGGGAAGGUUGAUAUUCAGACAUAUCUGAAGCAAUGGCAAGAUGAACUUCUUAAAAAAGAAGAAAACGUCAAGGAUUUGCCAAGAAUGAAUCAGUCUCAGUUCAUCCAGUUCUCAAAAACUCUCUACAACCUGUUCCACGGGGACCCCGAGGAGGAGCUGCUGUACCGGGCGAUCGCGGUGGUCACCGGGCUCCUGCUGAAAAUGGAGGAGCUGGGCAGGAGGCUGCAGAGGCCCCUGUCCCCUGACAAAAAUCCAGGUGCUGUCACAGAAAAGGGGCCUGGAGUGGCCAAAGAGAGGCAGGAGGAAAGCUCUGAGCAGACUGAAGGCAGCAGAGGUUUGGAAGGGAACCAUGAAUGGUCUUUUGCCUUUGAACAGAUUCUGGCGUCCUUAUUAAAUGAGCCAGCCUUAGUGAGAUUUUUUGAAAAGCCUCAUGACAUAAAAGCUAAAAUAGAGAGUGCUAAAAAUUUACAGCUUAAAGCAAGAACCAGAGUGUAAUUUUCUUUACAUUUGACUCUGAAUUAAUCACAUAAAGUGCUUACAAAUGAAGGCUGUAACUAUGGAAAUCAAGUCUGGUGUUGACAUAGGGAAUGAAGUUUGAAGAAUUAGCUUUAAGUAUCAGAUUACUGGUAUGUGAUGUAAAUAAAAAUAGUUUGAAGCACAGUCACUUUCUUGCAUUGUUCAUAAGUUUCACUCCAAAAAAAAGGACUGAAUAAUAACUGUCUUUACCAUGUGAUUAAAACAUGCAGCAUUGCUUGGAGAUCCUGGAUGUGUAUCUGUUGCAAACCUGUCUGAAUGAUUUGUUAGAGUAUGUGUUCUCCAGGUUCUUUCUUUUAUUGUGAUAAAAGAAAUGACUUUUUCCCAUUUUCAAUUUUAAAGGAGUGUCAACAGCUUGGAGGUUGUCUUCCACAUUAAUUAGUUAUUUCCAAAUUGCUUGUGGACUGGGGUCAAAGCAGGGUGAGGACUAAGAACAGAGCAACAAAUAAUAUUGAUUGUUUAAAAUCAAGGUUUGGAAAGCCCAAGCAAAGGCCAUCUGUAGCUGAGUGUUGACUGUUGAGCUGCUUAGGGACAGGUUGCUGUUGCUUCUUUAUCUGCUGUCUGUAUCUCAACCCAGUAAUUACUGUUGCUUUUCUAUAGCACUCCAGAUUAUUGCUGCUGUAAUAUUUUCCAUCUGUCAGGAUUCAAGGCAACAAGAAAAUCCCCUUGAAUCUGACUUGAAAUUUUUAUUAUAUAAAAUAUGAUCUAGUAGAAAUCCUGUGGAGGAAAGCUCUGCCAGUGUAAAAGCAGAGAAAUGUGGACCUUGAAUCUUUGGUAGCUGGUGCUAGAAAGCAUUCAGAGAAGGAGGGUAAGAGCUUGUAUUUGAACAACAGCAACAUAAGGGGGGAGUCUGUGUUAAAUUAGUUUAAAAUGUCUGUUUUUAAAAGCCUGUAUGACAAUCUUUCUCUGCAGAGCAGCAUUAUUUUUAUACUGUGCAUAUUUUUUUAAAGAAGCAGAGUGGGGAUGGUAUUGCUUUUCUUGCAAUACAAGUGUGAAUGAAGAAUAAAACAAAUUUCUGACUUGUGUUACAGGAACUUUGAGAAAUGCCAUCAUUGCGGUUGGUGGUAAAUCUAUGAAUUAUGUCUUACACUCUCCUCAAUACUCUCAAGUAUUAAUAAAGUAAAGUUUUACUGAAGAAGUCCAAAAGCCAGAUCAUAUAUGUGGAAGAUGAGGAAGCUUUUUUCAGAAACCUUCUCAAAGUAAUUGCAGUUGAUACAAUACAAUAUAGUCCUGAUUUGUAUUUUUAUGUAUAAAAUAUAAAAACAAAUGUAUCCAUUUAUGUGGAUAUGGAUAGGGCCACACUGAAUUACUUUCUCAAAACAUUUUCUAAAUUAAUUUCUAAACAAAGUUGUUUAGAAAUACCAAGCAGAUGAUGUUUUUCUAGUCCAGGAUGUGCCCAGGUAAGGUUUGCUCAGUAAUUCUGCAGAUAGCCAUGAUGAAAUUAUUGCAGCCUCAUGAGAACAGAUACACUGCCCAUACCAAAACCUUUUGUAGGUUUAUGAGAGAUCCUGUUUAUGUCAUCAAGUAAUCAAAGCUGUGCACUAUUUGCUAAUCAACGUAACAGAGAUAUGAAAGUCUUAAAGACUUUUUUGACUGAGAGCCAAGAUGUGAUCUAAGUGCAGAACAAGGUGAAGGAACUUGCAAAGUACAACAACCCUCUGUUGUUACCUGGUUGUAAAAAGGUGCUCGGUUUGUACAACACCCUUUUCUAGCAGUGCCCACCCCAGAGACUGCAGAGCCUUUGCCAGCUGGGCAGGAGCUCUUGUCAGUGUCAUAUCUGUGUAAAAAGAGCAUAAAUGCAUCAAAAUAGAUUUAAGGCGAGAAGUUAGGAUAUGUAGGGGAACCCCAACUUGCAUUAACUGCAUGGAUUUUUUUUUUUUUUAAUUUUUUUUUUAUUUUUUAAAUUUGUUUAUAUUUUUCCCCAAAAAGGGUGGUGUCUUUAAAUUGUUCCUGUAAUACACCUGCAGGCUGAUCCAGGAAGAUGAGUCCCAGUGCCCAGGCACCCAGUGUCAGCAGGAUGGAGGGUGGAGUGAGGUCACUUCCAAUAGGUUCUUCCUUUUGGAACCUCUGGAUCAAGGGCUGAUUACCUGGGGAAAUGCAGAUGUAGCAAGGGAUUUCCAGGGAGUGAACCCAGAGCUAUGUUUGCUGAGCUAUCUCAUCAUAAUUUAAGUUGGGCUCUGCUUGUGACACAGGAACUCUGGAGCUUUGUCCAGCUUCUUUCCUUCCCUUUGCUAUUCCAGCUCCUUCAAUCCCUAUUCCAGACAGGCUGGCUAAAAAAUCAACAAAAAAUAAACAGCAGUUUAGCUGGCACUGGCAGAGCUGGAGCAACAGCAGCUCGUUCCCUUCCUUCACUCCUGAAGAGGGAACUUCAAAGCCUUCCCCGGUCAGGGACAGAGAUCCCUGUGCUGUGCUGCUUUUUAAAGUUGGUUUAACUUUAAAAGGCUCCCAUCACACCCCCUGAGGGUGCUCACAAACAGGGAGCAGCUUGGCUAAAAGAAUUCUGUUGUGUCACUUCACUCACCUGUGUUACUUUUUUCUGGAAGUCUCCAUGAACUUUUUUGCCUUUAUUUUCAGGUUCAGACAUAGGAAAUAAAUGAAGUGGCUGCUGCCAUGUGAUACAGAAAAAUCACUUUUUGUUUCCAUCCAUUCCUAAAACAAGCCACGUGUUCAUCACUCUAAUGGCUGAAUAAUAACAAUGUAAUUUUAGAAAACUUUGCUACCAUAGUGACUAAAAAAAUAACUGUGUGUUGAUUUUAUCAGAAGUUUCUCAUCCACUUGUACCAUACAAGAUUCUUGAUUGUGAUUGCUGUUGUUAUCUGGACUAAACCAGAAGGAAAUAUUCAGAUUUGUUUCCAGAAAAAUAGGCUAUUUUGUCUUUUUUGCUAUAGCUUUGUCACUUUACCAAUAUGGCAGCACACGUUUGUGUUGACAGAUUGGCUUUUAUACAAUGUGUUGUAAGACAGAUGAGGUGUUAAAUAAAAUAUUAUUUCCCUUAAGAAAAAAAAACAAACCUGUGUUGGAGGCACUAUUAUUUCCUGGGAUGGCCUGCUGCAAAAGUUCCUUCAAGAGUGUUGGUCAAAUUAAAGCCAAAGUAAAACAAGGAGCAAGCCAAAGCCCCUGGUGGGACAGCAGCCUCCUAAAAGUGGAGGAAAAAUAGAGACUGUGACAGAAAAAUUAUAAAAGAAAGGCCUCAUAAAAUCAGGCCUGAUUAAAUAGGUAGCCUGUCACCUCUUCUAAGAGUAGUCAAGCAAUUUGCAAGUUCCCAUGCAAAAACAAUCUUGGUAUGAAAGGUUCUGUAACACAACAACCUAUUUUUGGCUGGAAAAUAAGUGCAUCUGUUUAAACAAUAAGAUCUGUUCCAUCAGAACCCAUAAAGGAAAAAUAUAAACAACCAGAAAAACACGUAAACACAAAUCACCUUCUGACCAAAAAAUGAAGUGGUGAGAAAACUCCCAGCCAAUAGGUGCUGCACACGAGGUCUGUGAAAACUUUAUAAAAUAAAGUGAAUAAAGAAUUGGCUUUUCUCACGUGAAGAAAAUGGACUCUCAGCUAACUCUGAUCCCUAACAGACCCACACCACCCAGGGAAUAACAAGAGUACAUAGUGUGUAAGAGGUCCUACAAGUAUUAUUUUAUUUCUUCAUAAUUUUUUUUAAAUACUAUGUACAAUCUGUUUAAAGCUUGUCAAAAUGCAUGGGCUCCCAUUCAAUGGAGCUGUGCAGGGACAUAGAUUUAAAACAAGAAUAAAAUCUUUACUGUUCAUCUUCAUAAGACACUUACUUUUUCCCAUUACAAAAUACUUUUAAGAAUAGUAACAUUUAUAAAUGUAUUUAUAUUCAACAUCAUAUAAAAUAAACCAAGAUUUAUACUCAAUUCUAGACUUUUUCUUCUUUUCUUUUCUUGCAUGGACUGUAUACAAUAUAUACAAUAACUUCUCAUUAUAUUUGUCAAAUCAGCCUGAUUAUACCCACCAGGCUUUAGCUUAUAUGUACAAAUAUGCUAAAAGUGCAAGACUUUAUUAUUUAAAGCUGCCUGUGUUUUCAGAGGUCUGGAAUUGUGUGGCCUAUAUCUAUUUCUAUAUAGAUAUACAUCUGCAUACAUAUACAUGUAUAUUAAACCCACGUAUAUCUAUAUAUAAUUAUAGUAUAUAGGUACUUGUGUACUAAAAAACCUCAGAAUAUUUAUGACUGAUAGGUCAACACCAACACUGGAGGCCAACCUGAUCACGUCCCUGCCCUCUGCUCCUCACCACAUCACACUUCUGUUUUCUUGUAGGUGGCUGUGGGGGCAUGAACCAAACCCCCCAGCAACCCUCAAUUCCAAAAGAGUCAUAAAAGCACAGGUCAUGGCUAACACCGAGGUAAACAAAUACAAAUCAACCUGAAUAAAGAGAAUUUUUUAAUCCCGUCUGAUUUUUUUGGAGAGUGAGAAUAAUAAGGCAAAACCCCCCCCUGGCCCUGAUUCAGCCUUGCCCCUGGUUGGAGGCAAGCUGAACAAAGACCAAGCAAGCCCCAGAAAGGGUGGGUGGGAUUUUGUCUUUUGGAAGGUGUUGAGAAAAUGAGAUUUUUUCCCUCACUGCCCGUGAGGGAGUGCCUGGGACUGUGCAGCCCCCACCCAGCAGCCAGGCUGACCACUGGGGGGGCUCUCAGAAUUUGGGGGGCUCGUGAUAAAGUGCAUUUUUAGGUCUCUGCUUUUAGCAAGGCUGAGCUAACAUGUAAACAUCCUCACCAAGCUCCUGUGCUCCUCUGGGAGGGGCUGGGAGCAGGGGCUGUGCCCCCCAUCAGCAGGGCAGUGCCCAGGGCUGCACCCACCUCCCCCAGAACCCCUUCCCAACCCUAUUUAUUUAUUUCUUUUUUGGAUUCACUGUCAAAGCCACAGCAAUGCCAGAAAACUGCUCUGCCUCUGCUGCCUCCCUGCCAAGCCCUGUUAAAUAAAUAAAUACCCCCCUCAAGCCCCUGAGCAACCACCAGCACCUGUGGGAUCCAUUUGAUGCCAGUGCUGGGUUUGUGCUGAGGGGACACUGCACACCAGCCAUGGGGAUGAGCUGGGGUGAUGCAGGUUUAAUGGGGGAGCCAGGGAAAUCACAGCCUUUCCCUCCAGGCAGCCACCCUGAGCCACAAACUGUGCAGUGCUGGGGCACUAACACAGAUCUGUGUGUUUGCCUCCCCUCUAAUGUUAUGUGCCAAGGCUGUGGUGGAAAAAAAUCCCACAACCAACUCCCCAAAAUAAAACCCCUUCCCACCACGUCCUCGUGAGCACCACUGCUGCCUUAGAGUGGGGAGAGGGAGACCCUAAAACUAACAGUGCUUUAAAAACAAAAGUUUCCUUACCCUGAAGGCUCUGUGCUGGUCCUUACUACAGAACAAACCUGCAGAGCCCCAGGUGUUCUUAUUUCAGCUCCAGAUUGCCCCAGGUGCUCCAAAUCCCCCUGCCAGCAGUGAGGGGACCCAUGGACAGCCAGGGCUUGGCACAGCUUUUAUUCACAGAUCCACCUCUGCCCUGCCCCAAACCCCAAAGCACCCCAGGGCCUUGUGAACGCUGACCCCAGCCCCAGCAGCCUGUCCUCCCCCUGCCACAUCCCCUGGGCAAUGUGGCACAGCAAAAAUCCAUCCCCUUCCCCAGGAAGAGCUGCUGGGACACAGCCCUGGGUGUGCCAGGGCUGGAGGAGCCCUGCUGUGCCCUUUUCUUGAGACACAGGGCUGCUGGCAGCUGCUUGUGCCAAAAACUGCUCCACCAGGAACACCAGGAACACCAGGAAUGCCAGGAACGCCAGCUGCUGCAGUGCCCAGAAAGUGGCUUGCAGAAAGAAAAGAAGGAAACAAAAACCACCCCAAAACAUCAUUUAAAAAAAAAGAAAAAAAAAAAAGGCAAAACCAAGCAUUCUCGGCUUGGUUUCAACAGACAUUAGGAACUAAACAUCAGGAAUUAACUCCUCUCUAAACCUUGCUCUGUCUGCCAGCUGGAGCUUUACUGCUAGUCCUGGUCCUAACCACCCACUGCCUUGCAAAGUUUAUAGUAAUGGCCAAACCCAUCUACAUUUGGGCUCUAACAGUGCCCAAAGUUAGUACUCGGCUACUAACACUUCAAAAAUGUACUUUUUAGUUUUUCCUUUGGAAAGACAAAAAACAGUAGGGACACUUAACUAUACACCCACUGAGGAAUAAACUGUUUUUUCAAUUCAUGAAUAUAAACUUACAGUUAAAAAGUGACAAUU